AUGGAUGAAAAUAUUAAUGAACAUGAUAAUUUAAAUAUCCAAGAUAAACGAACGUAUACUUUGCAGGAUGAUAAUUCGUCUACAUACCUAGCUAUAAGUCCGAACGGAGACCUUGCUGCGACUUUUAAUUCUG